UGUGGAGGCUAUAUACAGGGUAUUACGGUACAGAGUCAAUGUGGAGGCUAUAUACAGGGUAUUACGGUACAGAGUCAAUGUGGAGGCUAUAUACAGGGUAUUACGGUACAGAGUCAAUGUGGAGGCUAUAUACAGGGGGUACCGGUACAGAGUCAAUGUGGAGGCUAUAUACAGGGUAUUACGGUACAGAGUCAAUGUGGAGGCUAUAUACAGGGGGUACCAGUACAGAGUCAAUGUGGAGGCUAUAUACAGGGUAUUACGGUACAGAGUCAAUGUGGAGGCUAUAUACAGGGGGUACCGGUACAGAGUCAAUGUGGAGGCUAUAUACAGGGGGUACCGGUACAGAGUCAAUGUGGAGGCUAUAUACAGGGGGUACCAGUACAGAGUCAAUGUGGAGGCUAUAUACAGGGUAUUACGGUACAGAGUCAGUGUGGAGACUAUAUACAGGGUGUAACGGUACAGAGUCAAUGUGGAGGCUAUAUACAGGGGGUACCGGUACAGAGUCAGUGUGGAGGCUAUAUACAGGGUAUUACGGUACAGAGUCAAUGUGGAGGCUAUAUACAGAGGGUACCGGUACAGAGUCAAUGUGGAGGCUAUAUACAGGGGGUACUGGUACAGAGUCAAUGUGGAGGCUAUAUACAGGGGGUACCGGUACAGAGUCAAUGUGGAGGCUAUAUACAGGGGGUACCGGUACAGAGUCAAUGUGGAGGCUAUAUACAGGGGGUACCGGUACAGAGUCAAUGUGGAGGCUAUAUACAGGGGGUACCGGUACAGAGUCAAUGUGGAGGCUAUAUACAGGGGGUACCGGUACAGAGUCAAUGUGGAGGCUAUAUACAAGGGGUACCGGUACAGAGUCAAUGUGGAGGCUAUAUACAAGGGGUACCGGUACAGAGUCAAUGUGGAGGCUAUAUACAAGGGGUACCGGUACAGAGUCAAUGUGGAGGCUAUAUACAAGGGGUACCGGUACAGAGUCAAUGUGGAGGCUAUAUACAAGGGGUACCGGUACAGAGUCAAUGUGGAGGCUAUAUACAAGGGGUACCGGUACAGAAGUCUGGAGUCUCUGACAAUUUCAUGGGCUUUCCUCUGACACCGCCUAUUAUAGAGGUCCUGGAUGGCAGGAAACUGGACCGUACGCACAGAGAGGUAGGCGGAGGCAGGUAGGCAGGCGGAGGCAGGCAGGCAGGCAGGUAGGCAGGUAGGCAGGCAGGCAGGGAGGUAGGCA